UUCCCAGUUAUUUUCCUGAGCAGCACUACGGAGGGUCGCAGCCAUUUCUCUCCCCUGUUGACCAGCGACAGUUUGACAGGAGCGUCCCCGGAUCGCGACGCUCGCGGCUCGGACACACUCAGCAGUCGGACUCCCCUCGGCCGGAUCUCCCAGCUGAACCGAACCGGGGAUGGACCCAGCGAGCCGAUACCAAACGUUGCACAACGAGGACGACUCUCCGGAGGCCUCCACCAGCGAGCAGCAGCAGCAGCCAUGCACUUCUGCCGCGGCGCUGGCUGGUACGUCCGGCCAGGACCUCGGCGCGGCCCAGGCCAGCUCGUCUGCAGCGGAGGCGUCGGGAUCGAGGACUGACGGGGAGGCGGAGGCUCCCCCGCCGCCGUACGCGACCAUCGAACUGGGAGCAACGGCUGCCGUGCCUGAGACCAGUUACCGAAGUGACUUCCCAGUACCUCCGCCCUACAGCGUUGCCACCUCGCUGCCCACGUAUGACGAAGCGGAGAAGGCCAAAGCGGCGGCCAUGGCUACCUCCACUGUGGAUGUGAUGCCACGGGACGAUGAGUUCCCUCCCAGAGAUGAUUUCAGCGACGCUGAUCAACUGCGAGUCGGAAACGAUGGAAUCUUCAUGCUGGCCUUUUUCAUGGCCUUCCUGUUCAACUGGAUCGGGUUCUGCUUGUCCUUCUGUUUGACCAACACCAUCGCAGGACGCUACGGAGCCAUCUGCGGCUUCGGCCUCUCCCUCAUCAAGUGGAUUCUCAUCGUUAGGUUCUCUGACUACUUCACCGGCUACUUCAAUGGUCAGUACUGGCUCUGGUGGAUCUUCCUGCUGCUCGGUCUGCUGCUGUUCUUCAGAGGUUUCGUCAACUAUCUAAAAGUGCGCAACAUGUCCGAGAACAUGGCCACCUCUCAUCGAACGCGUCUCUUCUUCCUCUACUAAAGAUUUCCACGCCAUCACCAUUCCUUUUCAAUGUGAAGUUCCUUCCCUCCCCCUCGAAUGACCUGACCGAGGAGCCGUGCAGUGAAGAGAGGACACCGGGAAGGAAUGAGGGAAAGAAAGUAGGGAGAAAGUGUUCCCAGUCCCGUCAAAAAGAAUAAAACGACUCGUGUAGCGGGCCGAAACCAGUACAUCUUGGACGUCCCUUCCCGGGCUUCGUUUCUGUUUUUCUUUGAUUCAAAGCCCCGAACGCAAGAGCACACAGAGUGCUAUUGACAAAAACCUGACCUCGGCCGACACCGGCUGCAAACGCAGAUGUACUAAAAUCCGAUUUACCUAACAACGCAAAAUUAAAGCACAAUGAAAUAAACUCAAUAUUUAUCUUAAAGGAACGGAAAUAUGGUUGCAAGAGUCAUUUGAUGGCGUUGCUUGCUCUGACUGCAGUGAUACCAGCUAAGACCUGAAUGAGUAGAGAAUUCACCUUCCGCGCGCUUACUGCAUCUUCAGUACUAGUGUAACCAUUCCACAUUGUUUAAUUUUCAGGGUGUUUUUUAAAAAGUCUCACUUUUAAAGGGCCUUUGCACAUCAACAGCACGAAACACGAAAACGUUCGGAUGCAGAUUUUGAUGCACCUGACCCUACGCUAUUCGGCUAAUACAUUGAUAUCAGACUGAGGCUUCAAAAAUAUUAAUUACGUGAAUUAAAGAAUGAGAAAAUGCUUCUUGUGUGCAAAGGCCUUCACUUUAAAAUGUGUUAAUUUAACACAUUUAAACUUGUGCAGUGCGGUCAAAUUAAAUCGGAUCUGCACAAACCAAACGUACAGCAACUCCAGACUCACCCAGACGUGGCUCCAGAUACGACACGGGGCAGAGGGCGGCAUGGAUUUUGUCCAAACUCUUUCGUCAUGCACAAUUUGUUUUUCGACAAACAACUGGUUUAAAUUCUGCGGUGACCUUUUGGAUUCAGGACGGACCGGCCGAAACAGAAAACAGUUGCGGGUCAUUGAACAAACGUUUGAAAGAAAAACAAACAGCAGGUAAAUGCAAAAGAAAUACUGACAAUCUGAAAUGUGCACGAGCACAAAUCAUUUCCCCUCCUUUUUUGGCCUUUGAAUGAAAACCAACGCUGACCUAUGCAGUAGCAAUUGUUCUUGCAUCGUGACAUUUUCAGAGCCUCUACUGUUUGAAUCAAAGAAAAACCAAAUGUUUCCCAAAAUGCCUGCAAAACCAAAACUCAAUCGUGUGUUUCUGUCUCGCCAAAACGUUAUCCGUUAAGCUCCCCGAGGACGGCGGCCAAUCAGUGAAAGCUCCUUGGAUAAAUCAGUGUUUUGAGGCCGCUUGGAUCAGUGGAAAGUGGCUCAAAGGCAGGGGAGGGCUAGUAGGCACCUCCACCUUUAACACACUACAGUACAGUGCAGUGAUGUGUUGACGUGCCAGGCUAAAGUCAAUACUCCUGAGAGUCUUAUGCAAUUUAGUUGUUUGCGAUGGCCGACAUUACUUGUGGAUGUAAAGUCCUGUGAUAAGGGGGAUGAUGGGGUUGAGUAGUGAAGCCAGCACAGAUCGAGAACCAGUUACAACAUCGGGUUCGGUGCAGAGGAAACUAAAAGGCUGACUGAACAAGUAACAAAAUUGAAUUUAUUCACCGGUAAAAUUGUGAGGAACAUGCAGCGCUGGAAAAACCAGUAGGAAACAUGACUGGCUGCACACGUGGUGCAUUAUUUGGGACAACACCAGCACACGGAUCUCUCUCUCUCUGGGAUUUAGGCUUUUUGACGAUAAGAUUAGAUUCAACUUUCUUUCCUUUUUUCUCUCCGCAAAAGCGAGAAGCCCUUUGGUGAUGGAACGUAGCUCUCGUCGUGGACGAGCCACCUUUUUAAUCGUGUGAUCGGAAAACAAUGUCUCGCGGGACGCUGUCCGGCGCGGAUGGAGCACGAGUAGUGUGACGUCAUGAACCUGCUUGUUUUCCUCUUUUUUUUUUCUUACUUGAUUAUUUUCAUCAUCCGGAAAAAAUGAGAUGUGUGUACCAGCUUAUGCCAAUUCAUAAUAUUUGCACUUUGGAGAACUUCUGUACAGAAUGAUUUGAGAAUCUGCUUAACUUGACGUGGGGGGAGGGGGGUAGAAAAAUUAUUAAAAAAAAAGUUAUCUUCGCCAUGCAAGUUCUCAACUGGAAUUUUUAAUCGUCCCAAAUGGAUUAUUUGCCUUUUGCACUUUUCAUUGGUCAAAAAAACCUAAAUAGAUUAUAUUGUUAUUGUGUGUCUUGUUUCAUUGCUUUUAGCCCAAACUGUGACAGCUUGAGUAUUGCCAAACUAUAUAUAUUUUUUAACCUUUCCUCUCUUUUUCUCUUUUCUUCUUUUGGACUCUGGUCGUAUCUGACAGCAAUAGCAAGCUCUUUCGAUGAAUUCAAGCUCUGCCGCAUGGUUUCUCCACCUCAGUGAGUGGGGUUGAACAUUAGGAUCAGUCUAGUACGGCAUACAUUGUGUUUGUUUGUAAAUAAAUGGAGGAAAAAAAUGCGACGGCGGCGGCCCCCAAAAAAAUAAUCCUUGUAACAUCUUCUCUCGCAGUUGUUAUGCAUUUUAUGUAAAUUGUAACUGGAAUUUAAUUGACGGAUGAUGUCUUGCCAAAAUGCCAAUAAAGUUCAAAAGCCUG